AUGGUCAGUUUUGAUUGUCAAAGCUGUUUCUUCUCUGCUCUCUUAUUCUUCUUUUUAACACUCUUUCUAUUCGCCUUUUUCUCCAAGAAGCCAAAAAAUGAGUUGCCUCCAAGUCCUCCUUCUCUUCCAGUCAUCGGUUAUCUUCACCUAUUCGUCCUUAUAAUUUUUGGUGAAAAUUUUCCCCAAAAAAUCUUCACAAAAGAGGUUUACCAAAAAAUAUUAAGACAAGUUUUUUACAAGAAAAUCUUUUCACUAAAUUUUCUUUUCCUAUUUGCUUCAAUCCACAAGUCCUUUCAGAAAAUCUCAUCAACUUACGGGCGUUUCCUCCAUAUCCGCAUCCUCAAUCUCCGCAUAGUUCUCGUUUCCUCUGCAUCAGUGAUCUACGAGAUUUUCAAGGCCCAAGACAUAAAUGUUUCCUAUCGCGGUGAUGUUGCCAUCGAUGAGUGCAUGAUGCUUGGAUUAUUUGGGUUCAUCAGAGCUCCCUGUGGAGAUUACUUGAAGUUCAUGAAGAAGAUCAUGAUGACUAAGAUGAUCGGACCCCAGGCGCUGGAGCGUUCACGUGGAGUUCGUGAACUUGAGCUAGAGCGGUUCUAUAAAAAUUUGCUCGAUAAGGCAAUAGAGAAACAGAGCGUUGAUAUUGGUGAGGAAGCGAUUAGACUUGUUACCUACACCCUUGGAAAGAUGAGCAUGGGAAGUGUCUUUUCGCAGGAUAACAAUGAGGCUGUCUCCAAACUUUGUGUCGAGUUUGGUGCCUUGUCACCCGAGUUUUUUAUUGCACAAGUUUUUCAUAAGAUGCUUCAGAAGGUUGGGAUCUCAGUGUUAAAAAGGAAUAUAAUGGAUGUUUCAAAUAGAUUUGAUGAGCUGCUGGAAAAGAUUCUAGUGAAAUACGAAGAGCAACAACUAGACGUACACCAAGGUAAUGAAUUUAUGGAUGCAUUGUUGGCAGCUUCUCGGGACGAGGACGCAGAGUAUAAGAUCACUAGAAAACAUAUCAAGGGAUUAUUCACGGAACUUUUCUUUGGAGCCGGGGAUACCUCUUCUACAACCACACAGUGGGCAAUGGCAGAAAUCAUCAACAACCCUAAUAUCCUUGAGCGACUGAGAGAAGAAAUUGAUUCUGUGGUGGGGAAAGAAAGGCUGAUUCAAGAAACUGACCUACCAAAACUCCCUUACUUGCAAGCGGUCAUCAAUGAAUCUCUAAGAUUGCACCCAGUGGGGCCUGUUUUGCCAAGAGAGUUUCAGCAAGGGUGCACUGUGGGAGGUUUCUACAUAGCCGAGGGUACAAUACUCGUUAUGAAUGCCUAUGAUGUGAUGAGAGAUCCAGAUUAUUGGGAAGAUCCUAAUACAUUUAAACCAGAGAGGUUUCUAGCUUCUUCAAGAUCAUGGCAAGAGGAGAAGAGAAGAGAGCAUGCAUUAAAGUUCCUUUCCUUUGGAGCCGGAAGAAGAAGAUGUAUGGGCUCAAAUCUGGGAUAUACUUUAGUAGGAACCGCAAUUGGUGUGAUGGUGCAGCACUUUGACUGGGAAAUCAAAGGAGAUGAAGUUAACAUGGAAGAAGCUUCCGGGUUAAGAUUCUUUUUGGGUUUGGCUCAUCCCCUUAAAUGCACUCCUCUUCCUCGAAUCAUAAACCAUUAA